GAUUUCAGAAAAGAGCAGCCAGUAAGUAUCCCAGGCCUUGCCAGGCCGGGAGCAGCAGCUCCCUUUAAAAGGGAGGGCGGGGUUGAAGUGAGUUCUGUGGCUCUGAUUGGUUGUUGGCGGCAUCAAUCAAAGGCUGCCUUCCGCGAGGGAGGGGGCGGCGCUUUGUUUGUCUUGCGAGGAAAAUGGGUGUGAGGCGCGGCGCGAGCGGCUGCCAACCGUUAGCGGUAACGGUGAGCGGCAGCGCGCGCUAGCGGGAGUGGGGGGAGGGCGAGCAGCUCAGCCCAACCUGGUAGACAGUAGCUCAGCCUGGUAGACGGUCUCAUUGUUCCAGCUGUGGAUGGUUCGCCUUUGCUCCCGUUGUUUGGCCGUUCCCGUGCGAUGAAAAUGGUGGAGCCGGUGGGAUUCGUGGAAGCCUGGAAGGCUCAGUUCCCCGAGUCCGAGCCGCCCAAGAUGGAGCUGAGGAGUGUCGGCGACAUUGAGCAGGAGCUGGAGAGCUGUAAAUGCAGCAUUCGGAAACUGGAGCUGGAGGUAAACAAGGAGCGGUUCCGCAUGAUCUACCUACAGACGCUGCUCGCCAAGGAGAAGAAGAGUUAUGACAAGCAAAGAUGGGGCUUCAGGAAGUCUUCGGUGCUGGGGGAACAGGACAGCGAGAAGCCUCAGGACCACUUACAUCAACACCCUGCUCCCGAGGAAGGGGAAGGAGGAGGAGGAGAGAAAACCAUGUACCAUCCUGGGGAGGACAAUUCAAAGAGGCAGCCAGGGGGAGAGGAGGGACUGGUGGACACCAGGAUUGAGAUGGAAAGCUCGCCAACCAGGCAGAGGACAUCCUCAAUAAGGAGGGAUACAGGCCGAGAUGGUGAGCAGAUAGAUAGGAAGGAUAAAGCCGCAGUUGGCACAAGUGUGGCUGCUUUGAGGUCCAAUUUCGAAAGAAUCAAAAGAACGAAUUCCCACUCUGCUGGGGAUGGGAAAGGUAUGGAGAAGCCUCUGUAUGUCAAUGUAGAGUACCACCAUGAGAAAGGGUUGGUGAAAGUCAAUGACAAGGAGGUUUCUGACAAGAUCAGUACAAUUGGGAGUCAAGCCAUGCAGAUGGAACGGAAGAGGUCGUUGCACUCUUUCCCUGGUACUGGGGGAUCAGCGGAGUACCGAAAGCCUGUGUACAGAGGUAGGUCAACAGACAACAGCUCUGGUUAUGACCCAGAGUAUGAUGACAUGGAUCUGAAUCCCAGAUUCUUGAAGGAUAAUCUUAUCCGUGCCACUGCCAAUGGAGGCAAACCAGAUAAGGUACCUUGGCAGCAAGAAUUCCAACCAUAUGAAAGCAUUUACAUUGGUGGAAUGAUGCAAGAUAGUGAUGGUAAAGCCAGUGGUGUCAGUCUCUGUGGAAGACUCCAGAGCACUACAGAUCACGAGAAACAUCUAACAUGGCCUCGGAGGUCCUAUUCACCUGGUGCUGAUGAUGUUGGUGGAGGGUAUACUCCAGACUGCAGUUCGAAUGAAAACUUAACUUCAAGUGAGGAUGAUUUUUCUUCUGGACAGUCAAGUCACGUUUCUCCUAGCCCCACCACCUAUCAUACUUUUAGAGAAAAAAGUCGGUCUCCCUCUCAGAACUCUCAACAAUCAUUUGAUAGUAGCAGUCCACCCACCCCGCAGUCACAAAAGAGACACAAGCACCAAGUUACUGUACAGGAAGCAAUGAUAAUUGGUCUCAGGAAACAGGGACAAAUUUGGGCCACUGAAGCUGACCUUGCUCAGAGGAGUACUCAAGAGGACAGUUUCCAUGGAGACCCAGAUACACUCUAUAGCAACACGCUGCCAAUCUAUUCCUAUGAUGCCGAUAGAGCUGAAGAACAAAGACGGAACCAGGAAACCAUGCCCUACAUAGAUGAUUCACCUUCAUCAUCACCUCAGCUCAGCUCCAAAAGUCGGGAAAGCAGAGACACUAUAUCAUCUGGGUCCUUGGAAUCAACUAAAUCGAGUGAACCAGAUUUAGAGAAGGGCCUGGAGAUGCGAAAAUGGGUUCUGUCUGGAAUCCUAGCCAGUGAGGAAACUUACUUGAAUCAUCUAGAGGCACUUUUGUUGCCUAUGAAACCUCUUAAAGCAGCUGCCACCACAUCUCAGCCCGUCCUCACCAACCAGCAAAUAGAAACCAUCUUCUUCAAAGUGCCUGAGCUUUAUGAGAUACACAAAGAAUUCUAUGAUGGCCUUUUCCCCAGGGUUCAGCAGUGGAGUCAUCAUCAGUGUGUUGGAGACCUCUUUCAAAAACUGGCCAGCCAGCUUGGGGUGUACAGAGCAUUUGUGGAUAACUAUGAAGUUGCUGUAGAGACAGCAGAGAAAUGCUGUCAAGCCAACACACAAUUUUCAGAAAUAUCAGAGAAUUUAAAGGUCAGGAGUACAAAAGACCUAAAAGAUCAAAACACAAAGAACUCUCUAGAAGCUCUUCUAUAUAAGCCUGUUGACCGUGUCACCCGAAGCACACUUGUUCUCCAUGAUUUGUUAAAACACACACCAACUAGUCAUCCAGAUCAUCCUUUGCUGCAAGAUGCUCUGCGUAUUUCACAGAACUUCCUGUCCAGCAUUAAUGAAGAGAUCACUCCCAGGAGACAGUCUAUGACUGUAAAGAAAGGCGAGCAUCGGCAGCUUAUGAAGGACAGCUUUUUGGUCGAACUUGUGGAAGGUGCUCGGAAACUUCGACAUGUAUUCCUCUUCACUGACCUCUUUCUUUGUGCAAAGAUGAAGAAACAAAUGACAGGCAAGAACCAGCAAUAUGACUGUAAAUGGUACAUUCCUCUAGCUGAUCUGAGUUUCCAAAAUUUGGAUGAGUCAGACAACACUCCGACCAUUCCACUGGUCCCAGAUGAAGAAUUGGAUGCUAUGAAAAUAAAGAUAUCUCAGAUCAAGAAUGAAAUUCAAAGAGAAAAGAGAGCCAAUAAAGGCAGCAAAGUGAUUGAACGACUGAAAAAGAAACUAUCAGAACAAGAAUCCUUGUUACUGCUGAUGUCUCCAAACAUGGCUUUCAGGGUACAUAACAGACAUGGCAAGAGCUAUGUCUUCCUGAUAUCAUCAGAUUAUGAGAGAGCUGAAUGGAGAGAAAUCAUCCGGGAACAGCAAAAGAAAUGUUUUAAGAGUUUUUCCCUCACCUCUGUUGAACUACAGAUGCUCACAAAUUCAUGUGUGAAACUGCAAACUGUCCACAACAUUCCAUUAACUAUCAAUAAAGAAGAUGAUGAAUCUCCCGGCCUGUAUGGGUUCCUGAACAUAAUCGUCCACUCAGCCAUUGGAUUCAAACAGAUAUCAAAUUUGUACUGUACAUUAGAAGUAGAUUCAUUUGGCUACUUUGUUAACAAGGCAAAGACGAGAGUCUACAGGGACACCAUGGAACCAAACUGGAAUGAGGAAUUUGAGAUAGAACUGGAAGGAUCGCAGACUCUAAGAAUUCUAUGUUAUGAAAAAUGCUAUAACAAAACAAAACUCACCAAAGAAGAUGCUGAAAUUACUGAUAAAAUCAUGGGGAAAGGACAGAUUCAGCUGGAGCCACAAGCAUUACAGGACAAGGACAAGGACUGGCAGAGAACUGUCAUAGCAAUGAAUGUGAUUGAGGUGAAGUUAUCGAUGAAGUUCACCAGCCGUGAGUUCAGCUUGAAACGAAUGCCAUCUCGGAAACAGACGGGAGUCUUUGGUGUAAAGAUUGCAAUAGUCACCAAGCGGGAAAGGUCUAAGGUGCCUUACAUAGUGCGACAGUGUGUGGAAGAGAUUGAAAGGCGCGGAAUGGAGGAGAUUGGAAUCUAUCGAGUGUCGGGAGUUGCAACAGAUAUUCAGGCCCUUAAAGCUGCUUUUGAUGUCAAUAAUAAAGAUGUCUCUGUGAUGAUGAGCGAAAUGGAUGUUAACGCCAUCGCGGGAACCUUAAAACUUUAUUUCCGAGAAUUGCCUGAGCCUCUCUUCACAGAUGAGUUGUAUCCUAACUUUGCUGAAGGCAUUGCACUGUCCGAUUCAGUUGCUAAGGAGAGCUGUAUGCUGAAUCUGUUGCUUUCACUGCCGGAACCUAAUCUCAUUACCUUCCUGUUCCUGCUGGAUCAUUUGAAGAGGGUUGCAGAGAAAGAGCAGAUCAACAAGAUGUCAUUGCAUAACCUGGCCACUGUCUUUGGACCCACCCUGCUGAGGCCCUCUGAAAAAGACAGUAAAAUACCAACAAAUCCUACACAGGCAAUCACAAUGGCAGACAGCUGGUCACUAGAGGUGAUGUCACAGGUGCAAGUUCUGCUCUAUUUCCUGCAGCUGGAAACCAUUCCAACCCCAGACAGCAAACGGCAGAGCAUCCUUUUCUCGACUGAGGUGUAGGAAGUAGUCAUCCAAGUACAAAAUGCAACAGCAAGCAGCCAUCAACAGUACAAUAAAGUGCCCAUCUCUGUCACAGCUUAAUUAAUCAUGGGACAUCAUAUGUCGCUGGUUUAAUCCAUAGUAUCUGACCAAGCUUCCUGUGUGUUUUAGAGCAAACCUGAAUAGAGUACAGUUCAAUUUAUGUAUGAACCCAUAUAGAGCUCUCCUCUUCAUAUACACCAGAGGGCAGUGCAUAACAGAGUGAUAAUCUAACCACAUCUUAUGUUACAACUAGAUAUAAAGAGAUCUUAAUGAUAUACUCAAAUAUGAAGGAGAUGGAUAACUCUGAGUUUUUUUCAUUCAUUUUAAUAAUCCCUCAGUGACUAGAAACACAAUUAUUGCUUCCUAUUGGAGUUUGCUAUCUGUAAUUAGCAAUUGUGGAUGAGAAUGUAUAUGGGAAUUAUACGUAUACAAGACCCAAAGCAGAUCCAUGACAUUGGAGAAGCUUCUGAGAAAAAUGUUCUGUGUGAGUUAUACUGGUGCAUCCUUUUCUGACAUUGAUUGACUUGAGGUUGAUUUAAGUAAUAGGUUUUUGAUUUUUUUGAUAGGAAUGCACUUGACAUCCAUUUAUGCAGCUCAGUGUGUUUUAUAAGUUUCCUUAUCUGCAGAAGGCUAUGUACAGGUUUAAAUGCAUGAGCAAUACAUGACUGUGCCAAUGGCUGUGCUUCUGUUUGUACAGGAGGUGGUCAUUAGAAUGCAACUUCCCAGGGGGUCACUUUCUAACAGUUUUUGCCAUAUUAAUACAUUCCAGCCAUUUUGAAUAAUGUAAUUUAACAUGCAGGCAUGUUGAAUUUAAAGUUUAUGUAAUAGAAUUCCCUGUAUUAAUUUCUGUUCUAUUUUUCCCAGGAGCUGGUUAUUUUGGGCUGGGAUUAGAAUAUUAUCUUUAUCAAAGAUUCUGAUGAAUGAAACUUACUGAAUUUGAAUUGCUAGCUUUGAUACUUUCCUAACAAAUACCCACCUGUAUAGAUGAAAAUCAGCGAGAUGAAUCUUAACCCUUUCAGUUACCACUGUUUAAUGUGAGGUACCUGAUUAAAUAGCAUUUCAGAAACUCCAGAAAUGUCAUCUUCACCAGUGCUUUUCUUUAGGUACUAAAGUCCAUACAAAGUCCACAUAAGCCAGUGAUCCUCUGACAUAUCAAUACCUUUUGUGUGCCAAUUAUAUUGUUGAGGUUUUGUACCAUCUAAACACCAAUCUCCCUUUUAAACAUUACCAGUGUGCAGUAAUCCAUGCCAGAGGAUCAACGUUAUCUGCACCUUGUGCUGAUCCAAGGAAGGUCAGGCCCUGAAGAGUACAGUGCUGCUGUUUCAGUUCCUGAGUGCCAAGAGCACAAUGCACAGCACCACAAAUGCUUGCAAUUUGGCAUUUGGGUUUUUAAUAGAACUGUACACUAAUGAAUCAUUUGUUUCCUCCCUCAGCUCAUUUGAUAGCAGCAGCUCUUGCUACAGUCACAAGCAGUGACUUUUACUGGGAUACAAACCCCAUGGGGCUGACUGUCACCGGGUGCAACUCCAUUGUGGCUGACUGUCACUGGGGUAAAACCACCCUGGAGGUGACUGUCAUUAGGGUACAACCCGCCUGGGGUUUACUGUCACUGGGGUACAACUCUCUUGAAGUUGACUGUCACUGGGGAACAACCCCCCCUUGGGGUGGUCACUGGGGUACAGCUCCCCUGGGGCUGACUGUCACUGAGGUACAAGCCCCCUGGGGCUGACUGUCACUGGAUGGAGUACAACUCACCUGGGUUCGACUGCCACUGGGGUACAUCUCCCCUGGGGCUGACUGCUGACUGUCACUGAGGUACAAUUUCCCCAGGGUUCGUCUGUCACUGGGGUACAACUCCCCUGGUGUUGAUUGUCAAUGGGGCACAAUCCCCCAAGGGGUGCCUGUCACUGGGGUACAACUCCCCUGGGUUUGAUUGUCACUGGGGUAUAACCGCCCCCCUGGGAUCCACUGUCACUGGAGUACAACUCCCCUGGGUUCAACUGUCACUGGGGCUGAAUGUAACUGGGGCACAACUCCCCUGGGGCCGACUGUCACUGGGGAACAACUCCCCAGGGGCUGACUUCACUGGGGCACAACAUUCUUGGGCUUGACUGUCACUGGGGUACAACCCCCCCUCCCCCCCCGGGUGG